GCCCAGAGAAAUCAGCUGAGCCUGAGCCGCACCGGAGACGCUCCCAGAGACCCCCGCCAGGUGUCUUCGUGAGGAUGCCGGAUACUUGCCAGGGUCCAGGCCGGCCCGGCCCCCUGGUGACCCUAAACGUGGGGGGGAAGCUCUAUAGCACCACUCUGGAAACCCUGACUCGCUUCCCCGACUCCAUGCUAGGCGCUAUGUUCCGAGGUCCCCAACCGGCCCUCCUGGACAGCUGCGGGAACUAUUUCAUCGACCGCGACGGUAAGACUUUCCGCCACGUCCUGAAUUUCCUCCGAUUUGGCCGUCUGGACCUUCCGGAGGGCUACGCCGAGCUGUCGCUGUUGCGGGCCGAAGCCGACUUCUACCAGAUCCGUCCACUCCUGGAGCAGCUGCGGCAGGUCGAGGCAGAACGAUGGCGCCAGCGGAGCAACGCGGUGCUCCACGCCGAUGUGGACGUGACCCCGCGCCGGCUGCAUUUCAACGUGCGCCGUGGACCCCAGAACUACGAGCUCAGCUCUUGCACUGUGGAGAUCUUCACUGCAAAUGUCUUCUGCACCGACUGGCACUUCCUGGCUGUCCUGCGGAGACACCUAGGCCGCCUUGAGUGCGUCAACGGGAAUUUGGGUGAAGGGUCUUCCGGUGGACAUCCGGAACCAUCACAGAAAGGAUCAGGCCUUCCCAAAACUCAAGCAACCCUCUUGGAAGGCGGAGGAAGGAACAGUUGGUCUCCUAACGGCGAUCGGAGAAUUUGUCUAGACAACUCCACGGAUGAAGACACAGAGACGGAUGACGAGACGCCAGACGGUUCUUCGGGAAGGUCCCGCGUGGAAGCCACCACGUGCCACCAUCUGUGCUUGGAGUGGGCCCCGUGCCCAGCCGCACUGCCCGCCGCGGAGUACGUCAAACAGAAGUUCCGCCGGCUGCGGGUGGACGGACGAGAGAUCCGAUCCUCCAACCAAUUCCUGGAAGAGGUCCUGAAGGUGGCCUUGGCACAAGGCUUCCGAGUGGAUUCGGUCUUCCCGGAUCCGGCCGAUAUCCUGAACGCCCGUUCUUUGCGUUUCGUGCGACAGUGAAUAGCUCAGCCAAAUGUCGGGGCAGAGGCAGCCCGUGGCAGCCGACGCUACCUCGAGACGGACUGAGAGGAUCCCACCCGUCGUCGCCUGAACUUUCGGCCUCCGGACGCAGCUGACACGGAAAAGCCACGGAAGAGCUUCCCUCCUUCCUCCAAAAAUCUCCCACCUUUGGCUUCGGCGAGGAAGGGUCUCCGGCGGACGAGGAAGCCGAUGGAGGAGGAAGG